CCUUCUCUUCUUUGUUUCUCUCUCUGAAACGCUUUCUUUGGUUCGUAAAUUUGUUAUUAGAAAAAAUUAAAAAAAAAAGGGGAAAAUUGGAAGGGGAAGAAACGGUGUUGAGCAUCGAAAACCCCUUCCUUGCAUCAACCAAAUUCAGCUCAAUCAGGACAAGAACUUGAUAUUUUACGACACAUAGUGCAAAGUGCUGCAAGAUUUUGUGGCACUUGCCUAUUAAAGCAGAUUAAUGUUUGGGAAGAUCUUUGUAUUAUUGUCUUCUGGUAUGGUAAUUUAGAUGGAUAUCACCGACACGCAACGGAAUAGUAACACUGAAAGUGAUCUAUGUCCAUUGCUGAUGGAGCAGCUGGUAUCCCGCAAUGAUCAUCAGCACAUAAUUGAUAUUGCAAGGAACAAUGAUGGUUUAUCCAACUCAUCUAAUAAUCAACGCCCUGCAGUGCAUGAAAAUCAACCUAGUGUCAGCACGGAUGUCCAUACCCGUGAAACAGCUUCAUUUGCUUCACCUAGAUUUAGUCCUAGAAGUUCGACAUUGACAAGAGGAGAAGGGUACAAUCAUCGCAGAAGGAGCCCACUAAAUUCUGGUCUAUGGGUCUCUGUUGAGCUUUUUGUCACUGUGGGUCAGAUCAUAGCAUCUGUUGUUGUCUUGUCAAUGUCAAGAGAUGAACAUCCCCAAGCCCCAUUGUUCGCAUGGAUUGUGGGUUAUGCAGCUGGUUGUGUUGCUACUCUUCCUAUUCUUUACUGGCGAUAUCAAAACUAUAAUCAAAUUGCGGAACCAGAUAUAUCUCGAUCAUCUCAAGGAUCUUCUUUAAGUAACCCUUCAGAAACUACUUAUACUGCCAUAUCUGUUACCCAUAAUUCGAACAGCGACAAUAGUCACACUACAGAAUUGUCUGCAGGAAGUGCUAGAAUUCCUGCAGUGUUUAGUUCUAGGUUUAAUGGAUUAGUAGACCAUUUCAAGAUGGCCUUGGAUUGCUUCUUUGCAGUUUGGUUUGUCGUUGGCAAUGUGUGGAUCUUUGGAGGUCACACUUCUCCUUCCGAUGCUCCAAAAUUGUAUAGGUUAUGUAUAGUCUUCCUUACCUUCAGCUGCAUCGGAUAUGCCAUGCCCUUUAUACUGUGUGCAACAAUUUGUUGCUGCCUACCUUGCAUAAUUUCUGUCUUCGGCAUUCCUGAGGAUUUUUCACCAAACAGAGGAGCCUCAAUAGAAUCCAUUAACGCUCUGCCAGUCUACAAGUUCAAAUUGAAGAAAAAUGAAAAUAGUGGUGUUGAGGAUGUCAAUAUCACUGCUGAAGAUGACGGCGGAAUUUUAGCUGCUGGAACUGAAAAGGAACGGCCUAUAUCAGGAGAAGAUUCUGCUUGCUGCAUUUGCUUGGCAAAAUAUGUAGACAACGACGAACUUCGGGAGCUACCAUGCUUUCAUAUCUUUCAUGUAGGAUGUAUUGAUAAAUGGUUAAAGAUAAAUGCAUCCUGUCCUCUUUGUAAAUAUGAAGUUGGUACAAACAAUGAAGGUGCACAUUCGGCCAUGGGUUCCAAUCAGCAUUAGAUGAGAAAACAAAAAGGGAGACAAUUCUGUUGUUCGGUGGUAUUCAAUGUGCUAGUAAUUGCUUACAUGAAGUCAAGUUACCAAAGCAGUUGCAUUUUCCCUGAUAUUGGUCAUAUUUGGGUUCUUGCCUUGAAGUGUUUUUGUUUUUUUGUUGCUAGAGAGAUGAAGAUAGAUGCAACAUUAGCACCUUUCCCCAAUUUUCCAUAUCAAGUGUUGUUCUAGAAUAUAGGCUGCACUAAUCUUGUAUUGUAUGUAUGUACAUUGUAACCAAAUAUAAUCAAAAUGUUGAUUUUGAUUUACAUUGAGUUUAAAGUUCUUCAGAAAUAAUUAUACAAAAACCCGGCAGAUUCA